UUCAGAUCACCACACCAGUUGAUUAGACCAAAUUUACUCUGGUUUUCAGAUGGAAAAAUAUUCACCUCAAAAUGACUGUGUUUCCUGAAGCUAAAGAAGAAUAAGGACAGAGCAGCUUUACAAAUGUGUUCUGUUACACCACAUGCACCCAUGACUGGUUCUGUGUCUGUACGCUCUGAAGCAGAAAAUGGAGGAGAGGAGAGACAACACAAAAUGGUAAAGCCUGAUGCACCAACAUUAGUGGAAAGUGAACCAGAAAUCUUGAUGAGGAGAAGUAAACCAGCCAUAGUGCGAGGGGUCACUCCUUUUGCAGGAGUAAAACAUUAGACCAGUCACUUCUGUUGCAAAUGCAGAGUGAUGGUGAAACAAAGACUGAGAGGAAGAAACCCCAAUCUGGUCAAUUUUCCAGGUUUACAAAUGCCCAAUAUCGGAAAAUUUUCAAAGACAUUAGUAAGGAUGAGCCUCUCAGACAGAGUUACACUUGUGCCUUACAGAAAGAUAUUCUAUAUCAAGGAAGACUAUUUGUCACAGAAAAUUGGAUCUGUUUCCACUCUAAGGUUUUUGGCAAAGACACUAAGAUUGCGGUACCAACUUCCUCAAUUUCAGCAAUAAAGAAAACAAAGACUGCUAUUUUAGUGCCAAAUGCACUAGUGAUUGAAACUGAAACUGAGCGACAUCUCUUUGUAUCAUUCUUGUCUCGGGACACCACAUACAAGUUUUUGAUGUCAGUAUGUCCCCAUCUUGAUGAGAAGAGUGUUGGAAGCAGGCGUGGGCAUGACUUCAGAGUGGAUCCUACAUCUCUUCCUUUGGGUUUCUCUGCAGAUCUGUUCAACACAGAUCGAGGGGUCAGACAGAGACAGAACAUCGAGGACAGCAGCAGCUCAGACUCACAUUCCCCAAAUUAUGAGAAAAUCCCAGCUUUCAGAAAUGUGGUGAAACAAGGAACUAUCCCUGCCCAUCAAAACAGCCAUGUUGAUCAAACAGACUCACAUCAUAAAGUUCCCUCAGUAUCAGAAGGGGUUACGUGUGAUAUCAAAUCUCUGAGACCAGUGUCCCUGAAUACACUUCUGGCUGUCUACUUAUUUCUAGUUGGCAUACUUGUCUUAUCGUCUUGUUAUAUGGCUUUCAAGAUAAUAUCUUUGGAGGAGCGUCUGAUUUCUUUAAACUCUCUGAAAACCUUUUCUUACAGUGGAGAUGACUACCUCAAUGGAUACUCUGAUGACGAGCAUGGAGAGAUCUCUACAGUGCUUUCCAUGAACAUACUCACACUAGAAAAGAUCCAGAGAAACCUACAGAAGCUAUUAGAAGAGACCCAGUUAUGAUCAACUGUAAAGUCAUGAUCAUAUGUUGUCAGACCACGUGGAAUGACACAUCAGAUGCCACAAUUGCGCAUACAGCUGAAACACUCAGCUGACACAAUCAAAUGUACAGAUAUAGGCAAACAUGCUUAAUAUCAUCCAAAAAAAAAAACGGUGCUAGAAAAUAAUUAUUUGUUGUCCUUUUUAACAACUGGUUUUUGUAUCACAGUAAAUUUGUUGGUCUGAUGUGCUGUUUUGUUACACAGUCCAAGUUGAAGCGAUCUACGUGUUUAAUGUGAUCCUCUAAACUGCUAAAAUUGGGUUUCAGAUGAAUUAUUGUCCACUGUCUAUUGUUGGUGGAUUUUUAUUUGUUUAAAGAGUAUUUAAAGGAGAAGAAAAUCUAAUCCAAAUGAUAAUGGAGAGAUUAAGCUUUAUAUUAUAGAGUUUAAGUGUGUACUUAUAGUUGAAUAUGUAAUUUGGAACGCACACGUACAUUAUUAUGCCGCCUAUAUGUGGUUUGUUUGAACUUUAGUGUUCUGGACUUCUCCAAAAAUAUCUGCCUAGGUGGGUGGGGUGUGUGAAGGCUUGCACAGCCAGUGAUGGUGCUUGUGAUGUUUAUGAUGCACAGCAUUUUAUUUUAUUUUAUUUUUUUGCUUCAAAAUAGCUGCAUUCUGUUUACAGAUGGAUUCUAUGUACUUCAAACAUAUGUCUAAAACUUGUAUGUAUGUAUAUGUUUGCUAUUGAGUUCUAAUCAAUAGAUGGAUGUAAAAUAUCAAAGUUGAUAGUGAGCUUAUGCCAGUCCUUGGGUAUAUUUUAAUGUGACACUUUGUGGAAUUCCAUGGCUCUUAACAUUCCAUUAAAAUGUUCUUAACUGAAA